AUGAAACUGCUUCUUCUAAAGAGCGGAGGACUCCGGGGUGUCAGUAGAGUGAGCAGACCGUGUGAGCCGACAUUCACAGCUCAUCUUUCGUCAUCCUUCACCGCCUGGAGAACGAAGCCAUCAGUACUGUUCAGCAUUGCUCAUAGGUCAGCGCACACAGCUUCUACAGGGGACAAACGACAAUUGAAACGCGACGCCAGAUUUGCACGCUUGAGCGCAGCGCACAUCGGCUUCUUCAAAUCGGCGCUGGGAUCGCCCGAUGUCCUGGACGGAAACACGCCUGACGGGUCCUCAGAACUCACAGGCUUCAAUGAAGACUGGAUGGGAAAGUACAAAGGCAAUUCCCAACUAGUGCUGAGACCUCGCGACACCUCUCAAGUCAGCCAAAUUUUGGCAUACUGCAACGACAACAAUCUCGCAGUCGUACCCCAAGGAGGGAACACUAGUUUGGUGGGUGGCAGCGUACCUGUGUUUGACGAGAUCAUCAUCUCGCUCUCGAACAUGAAACAUAUACGAGACUUUAAUCAGGUCAGUGGGGUAUUGACUGUGGAUGCUGGAGUUGUUCUGGAGACCGCAGAUUUGUACCUUGCGGAGCGACAACAUAUCUUCCCACUAGAUUUGGGUGCGAAAGGAUCCUGCCAUGUCGGAGGCAAUAUCUCUACAAAUGCAGGCGGCCUUAGAUUGUUGCGCUACGGUUCUCUACACGGAAACGUGUUGGGUAUCGAGGCUGUGCUCCCGAACGGCGUAGUACUAAACGAUCUUUCGGGCCUACGAAAGAAUAACACCGGCUAUGACCUUAAACAUCUGUUUAUCGGUGGCGAAGGGACUAUCGGAAUAGUGACUGGUGUGUCUAUUGUCUGCCCUCCGAAGCCAAAAGCGGUGAAUGUUGCAUUUUUCGGCUUGCCCACGUACGACCACGUUCAGAUUGCGUUUCAAGAGGCUAAGCUACGUCUUGGAGAGGUCCUAUCGGCUUUCGAAAUGAUGGACAAACACAGCCAGGAUUAUGUCCACCGAGCCACCCAAAACAAGCGGCCCCUGGACACACAGCACGAUUUCUACUGCCUAGUGGAGACGAGCGGCAGCAAUGCUUGUCACGACUAUGAGAAGCUCGAAGGCUUCCUUGAACACGUAUUGUCCGAGCGUAUCGUAUCCGAUGGAGUCGUUGCUCAAGACGGCUCUCAGAUCAAGGCUUUGUGGGGCUGGCGUGAAGGCAUCGCGGAAGCCCUGAGCAAGGCCGGUGGCACUUACAAAUACGACUUGUCUAUUCCCCACAAGGAUCUCUACCAGGUUGUGAAAGCCACGGAAGCAGAAUUGACAGCGCAUCAUCUCCUGGGCCCCACUGAUGAUUUUCCGGUAGAAAGCGUCCUCGGCUAUGGUCAUAUGGGUGACAUGAAUAUUCAUCUGAAUGUCGUUGUUAGGCGGUAUAGCGACGCCGUCCAAGAAUGUCUUGAGCCAUGGAUCUACGCUUGGACUCGGCAGUAUAACGGCAGUAUCAGCGCCGAGCACGGUUUGGGACUCGCCAAAAAGCCAUACGUGGGUUACAGCAAAGAUAGGGCGAUGCUGGAUGUGAUGGCUCAAGUCAAGAAGCUCUUUGACCCCAAAGGGAUCAUGAAUCCGUACAAAUUCAUCUAA